CGCGCACCAGCGCUUGCUUUGCGUCUCCCUGCGUCAUAAAGAAGCAGCGUCACAUCAGACUAGUGGUAGGCCUAUCUUUCUUUUCAGGACCAGUUUCACUUUUCCGGAACAGCCACAGUUUUGAUUUGUGUUUGACUAAUCCGACCACCAUAUUGGGUGGAUACUCGGAAAUGUUAAACACAAACUUCAGAUUUCGUGUCCCAAAGACCUUAGGAACAUUUCCUGAAUUUGUUGUUGAGGAAAGAUUUGGAUUAAUCUCAUAUGAUAAUGCCCAUAUUGUGCUAGCUAUACUUUGCUGCUAUAUACUCUGGAGACUUAUUGGAUCCUGGGGAAUCUUCAGUGAGGAUGGAUCAGAGCCCCUCAGGAAGCGUAGACAUUAUGGUAGUAUCGGUGGCAUGGAUGCCAUUCUCACUUUCUACAACAGGAUUAUACAGCGACUGGAAAAGUAUGAAGUGCAACUCAAACAGUGCAGCCUCCAAGACUCGUCAUCCUCUGAUUUUUCCUCCUCGUAUUACGAGCCGUCCUUUUCGGGAUGCAGCAGUAGAUCCACCUCACAGAAGAGUGGCAGUUGUAGACAGAGCGGCUCCAGCAUCCACUCGAGAAGUAGGAGACCCAGUACUCGGCAUCUACACCGACAACAAAGCAAGACAAGCUUUUACCAAGCCAAUCCUCACCAUGUACCAGAAGAAUUAAGGAAUUCUUCUGUUUUGUUGGCCUUGGAGCAUCUGCCUUGUAGUCAGCCAACUCACUCACAUGAGAGGCCAUUUUACUUUCACACAACAAUGUCAUCUCCAGAGGCAGCCUCCGGCAAACACGAGAUGACCGAAAGCUCCACAGUUCCCAGUGCAAGAUGUAAAGCUGAUAUUGUAACCAGACGAGCCACGUCAACAUUCCCCAAAGUCACACUACUGAGAAAAUCUCCCCGCGGGCGUUGGAAGUUUGCCAUUUUGGUUAUCCAGAUAGUGAGGAUGUUGCUUCCUGCGAGACUGAAAUAUGCCCAGAAAGCAUCUGGAGUAAAGACCACAACAGAGGACCUGACAACAGGCUCCAUUCUGCCAUCUGCUGUCUCUCCACCGACCAUCCAGCCAUCCCCUGAAAUGACCAAAGUAUCCGUAAACUCCCAGGUGUUCUUACAGAAGCUGGAAUUCCACUUGCAUCGUAAGCUGAGUGAACAACUCUGGGGGUUUCCAGAGCUUGUUGUCAAGUAUGUCGGCGAGCAGAUUGCCCUUCAGCGUUUGUCCAGCAGCACAGGUGAUGCGAGAGUUGCGCAAGGUCACAGGGAGCUGCCUGGUCACUGGCUGAAGAAGAUACAGAACAGGUAUCCGAUGAACCUCAAGGAACUGGAUGGGCCCAAACCCAAGCCGAUCUUCCAUCUGGUAGAACACCCAGAUAUCCUAAAGAACCCUGAGACUCCAUACAAAUCUCAACAGGAUGAUCACCUGGGAGAGAAAAUGGAUGCAAUAAAUGUGUGUAGCCUGAGUAUGAAGCAUGAGACAAAACUGGGCAUGAAACAACUGGACAUCAGCAACAGACAUAGGCUGGCCAACCGCCUCACCUUCCACAGACCAUCUCAUCGCUCUCACCUCAUGUCCAUCUCUGCCAUCAUCUCCACACAGACGACACAGGACGACUCUGUGAAGAAGGGGCCUCUCAAAGGAAGGCAAGCCGUAACGUUCAUAAACCAGUUCAGCCUGAACCAGAUAGAGCAGAACUUGACCCAGAAGCGCGAGGCACACCUGCAGGGGAAGCAGACUCCCUACAGCCUUUCUGUGGCAAAGAUGGCCACCGCCUCUCGACCCAAGAUCACUUCUGCCAAGCUCUCCUGAGGAAGAAAGAGGGGACGAACAUCUACUUUGUGGUUCUUAAACACAACACCCUGAAAAAGUUAAUGGACUGGCCCGUAGAAUUAUUUUAUGUAUGGCCAUAAGAACACACAUAUUUUUAUGACAACCCACAUACACCAUAAUCAAUAUAUUAAA